UUGUGUGUUUACAUGCAUUUGUAGCAGUUUCCCUUUUAAUCUACGACCGGAGCAUGUGUUAUCGAAGAUUGUGCUUGUAUUGGAUAUAUGUUUUUUUUUAUUUAUUUAUUUUUUAUCAGCAUUCUGUUAGACUAUUUAAAGAAGAAGAUAAAAUGCACUAAUUGCAUUUUUAUCUGGUCCAUGAAACUCCGAGGAACAACAACAACCUCCUGAUUUACUCCGCGAGAGCCAGACGUUUCGGAUUAUUUAACUAUAACCCAGCUAAAGAUCGCCUCUAGACUGUUGCACAGAGUAGAUUUUUGUUUUAUUAUUAUUAUUUAAUUUAAUUUUGUGUAUAUGGUACAGUUGACGUCAGAUCUAAGAAUUGCUCGAAUUAAUAGGGUAUUAGUUUCUUUGUCUGUCUAUGAACAACGCAUCGACAAAUCACUAUAUGACUACUAGUGUAAUAGCCUAUGUAACAAGUUCGCUGGUUAUAACAUGCACAGAGAAACAUGUCAAAUCACCAGUCCGACUAUUUCCUUAUUAGACAAAUAACUGAAUAGUGUUGCAUUGCAAUGGGAAUGCAGUAACUAUUGCAUUACGCCUAUUUAUACUUUUAUGUAAAUAUAAACAUUUGUCAAGCGACUAGACAAACUGACAAGUGCGAUCUGGCUAUGUCCUUCUUUAAUUUCCGAAAAAUCUUCAAGUUGGGCGCAGAGAAGAAAAAAAAACAAUAUGAACACGUGCACAGAGAUACAAAUCCGGAGGACGAAUGGGAGAUUGUGGGAGAACUGGGUGAUGGAGCCUUUGGAAAGGUGUACAAGGCUCAGAGCAAGCAGACGGCCAUUUUUGCUGCUGCGAAGGUGAUCGACACCAAAACUGAAGAUGAACUGGAGGACUACAUGGUGGAGAUUGAUAUCCUAGCAUCAUGUGAUCAUCACAACAUCGUCAAACUGCUUGAUGCUUAUUACUAUGAGAGCAAACUGUGGAUCCUGAUAGAGUUUUGCGGCGGUGGAGCUGUAGAUGCAGUCAUGCUCAAUCUGGAAAGGCCUCUGACCGAGCCACAGAUCAGGGUUGUCUGUAAGCAGACUCUGGAAGCUCUGUUGUAUCUGCACGACAACAAAGUCAUCCACCGAGACCUGAAGGCAGGAAACAUCUUGCUUACACUGGAUGGAGACGUCAAACUUGCGGAUUUUGGGGUAUCUGCCAAGAACAUAAAGACACUCCAGCGAAGAGACUCCUUCAUUGGAACCCCUUACUGGAUGGCCCCUGAGGUCGUGAUGUGUGAGACAUCUAAGGACAGACCGUACGACUACAAGGCUGAUAUCUGGUCUCUAGGAGUUACUCUGAUCGAGUUGGCCCAGAUCGAACCGCCCAACCAUGAGAUGAACCCAAUGAGAGUCCUGCUGAAGAUCGCUAAAGCUGACCCACCUACUCUCCAACAGCCUUCAAAAUGGUCUCCUGAGUUCAGUGACUUCCUUAAACAUGCACUGGAUAAGAACGUGGACAACAGGUGGAGCACAGCACAGCUUCUUCAGCACCCAUUUGUGAGUAAUGUGACUGAUAACCGACCCUUGAGGGAACUCAUCGCUGAGGCCAAAGCGGAGGUUACUGAGGAAAUCGAGGAAGUGAAGGAGGAAGAGGAGGAGGAAGAUCAUGAAGGAAACCUACUGCUUCCUGGACACAAACGUGCACCAUCUGACUCUAGCAUUGGAAGCUCGGAAGACGAGAAGCUUUCACAGUCACCAUUCACCUUGGAGUCUGUUCCUGAGAAGAUCGAGGAGGUUUCUACUCUCAAACUACCAGAUGAUAACAUUCUAAUUGUAAAUACGAAUGAAGCAGAACCUCUAAAGGUGGAAGAGAAACAUAUUCAGGAUGUAGCAGUACCUCCAAAGGAAUCUCAAGUACAUAAAUUUCAUGACAAUGCUGUAGAACCAGAGGUAGCUCUUCCAGAGAGUCCUGAGGAUGGAAUAGUUCAAACGGACGAGCAACCAGUUAAACCUGUUGGAGAGAAAGUGGAAGAGGAGGUCAAGAAACCAAAAGGAGAGCCAACAGACACUCAGGAAGAUGAGAAAGAGGUCAAACCGACUGAAAACAAGGAGAAGAUUGGCAAUGGUGAGCUCAUGAAUGAAGUGCCCACAUCAGACAUCUCCACGGUGAAGAAACCAAUCAGUGAGGAGGCCUCAAAAAAGGUUGAGAAGAAGAAACCUGCUUUGCCUGAGGAAAAGGAAAGUCUAUUGAAGCCCAGGUAUAAAAAGAAGGAAGACUCAGACUCAGGAAUUGGUUCUACAGCUGAGAACAGCAGCAUAGACAUGAACUUAUCCAUCUCUAGCUUUAUUAGCAAAUCCAAGGAACCAGGAACCGUCUCUCAGCAGGAUAACAAGAGACAGAAAAAGACUCUGAAAAAGACUCGCAAGUUCAUCGUGGACGGUGUGGAAGUCAGCGUAACAACAUCUAAGAUCAUCACAGACAAUGACACGAAGAGUGAGGAGAUGAGAUUCCUCCGGCGUCAGGAGUUGAGGGAACUGAGGCUUCUUCAGAAAGAGGAGCAGAGAGCCCAACAACAGCUCAGCAACAAACUCCAGCAACAGAGAGAGCAAAUCUACAGACGCUUUGAACAGGAAGUCACGAGCAAAAAGCGUCAGUAUGACACAGAGGUGGAGAAUCUAGAGCGGCAGCAGAAGCAGACAAUUGAGCGUCUGGAGCAGGCACACACGGACCGUCUGCGAGACGAAGCCAAGAGAAUCAAAGCUGAGCAGGACAAGGAGCUCACCAAGUUCCAGAACAUGCUCAAGAACUGCAAGAAAGAGGAGCAGGUGUUUCUACAGAAGCAGCAGCAGGAUUUGGACAGCGCUCUGAAGAAGAUCAUUCAGCAACACAAACAAGAGCUUGCCACUAUCGAGAGAGACUGCCUCAACCACAAGCAGCAGCUACUGAGAGCCCGAGAAGCCACCAUGUGGGAGCUGGAAGAGCGCCACCUACAGGAAAAACACCAGCUGCUCAAGCAGCAGCUGAAAGACCAGUACUUCAUGCAAAGACAUCAGCUGCUCAAAAGACACGAGAAGGAAAUGGAGCAGAUGCACAGGUAUAACCAGCGUCUGAUGGAGGAGAUGAAGAGCAAACAGAUGCAGGAGAGAACCAGACUGCCCAAGAUCCAGCGUAGUGAUGCGAAAACCCGGAUGGCCAUGUUCAAAAAGAGCCUGCGCAUCACCACCACAGGGGUCACACCCGAACUGGAACGAGAACGGGUCAAACAGUUUGCAGCACAGGAGGACAAGAGACAAAAGAACGAGCGUCUCCAUCAACACCAGAAACAUGAGAAUCAGAUGAGAGACCUGCAGACGCAGUGUGAUGCCAACAUCAGAGAACUCCAACAGCUACAGAAUGAGAAGUGCCAUCUGCUGAUCGAGCACGACACUCAAAAACUGAAGGAACUGGAUGAGGAGCACGGUGCAGAACUGAAGGACUGGAGAGAGAAACUCAGACCCCGCAAGAAGGCCCUUGAGGAAGAGUUUGCCCGUAAGCUACAAGAACAGGAAGUGUUCUUCGCAAUGAGUGGAGAGUCUGCAUGCCUUAACCCAUCGUCCCAGAGUCGCAUCUCAAAGUUUUACCCUGUACCGAGUGUCCACUCCACAGGGUUUUAAUACCCACAAGCACACUCCUGCAAAUUGCAAAAGCACAUCACUACACACACACACACACACACACAUAGUCAAAGCACACAGAGAUGCUAAACUGUGUUUGUGACUGAAACUCUGCUGCCUUGUUCCCUCCGCUCUGAUGUCAAUCAGAAUAAAGAGGAGGAGUCACCUGUCUAAUUUUGCCAUAAGCUACAGAGAGAACAUAAAGCGUUUGUUUCGAUUUUACUCUUAAUUUUUUAUUUACAUUGGAAUAAUUCAAACUGGAUUUUCAGUGUGGCUUCCCUAAGCAUUUCAAAAAUGAUUUAUUAAAGGAAUAUUUCAAUUUCAGCAUUUGUGGCAUAAUGUUGAUUACUGCACAAAUGUAUUUUGACUCGUCCCUCCUUUAAAAAAAAGAAGCAAUAAUCGAGGUCACAGUGAGGCACUUACAAUGGAAGUGAAUGGGGGCCAAUUGUUGGAGGGUUUAAAGGCAGAAAUAUGAAGCUUAUAAUUUUAUAAAAGCACUUCCAUGAAUUCUUCUGUUAAAACUCAUGUAUUAUUUGAGCUGUACAGUUGUUUAAAUCAGUAGUUUACAGUAGUUUUAGAGGUUGUUGACAUUACAUCGUCAUGGCAAUGAAGUUGUACAAUUGGCUAUGAAAGGUUUAGUGAUUUUAUCACACUAAAAUCAUGUUAACACGCAUAUUGUUUAUGUCUUGAACUUUUGAAACAGCGAGUUUAAAAAUAUCAUUUACAGAUUGGCCCCCCAUUCACUUCCAUUGUAAGUGACUCACUGUAACCCAGAUUUUUUUUUUGUUUUUUUUUUUAAAGCAAAGACAUUUUUGUGGUUAUCAACAUUAUGCCACUAAUGUUCUCGAUUGAGCUUAACUUGUAUUGAACCCAGAAUAUUCCUUUAAGAAUAUUGUGGUUUAAUUCUGUAUGCCACUAAAUUACUUUUACCGUUUUUGUUUUCGUUAUGCAUUUAUACAUUUCGCAAUUGAUUUUUCUGAAUCUAAACGUGGCCAUUUUUUCGUUGUAUUGUUAAGUUCAUAUCAGAGUAUAUGGAAUGACUGUUUGGCUUCAGGCUAAUUUAUUUGUAUUUAAGGAAUCGCUGUUUAAUGUCAAAAGAGAUCAAAAUUAAAGUGAAUGUUUAAAUAUCUAGGUCAAUCAGUAGAAUAAAGAGCACAAUGAAUUUGCUAAUCAAAAAUUAUAGAAUGGUAAUGAAUUGCUCUACACUUUUUAUUGAUACAUUCUUUAAAAUGGUAAAGUCUCGGCUGAAAUUCGAAUCGAGUUUGAAUGGCACAUUAUGUAAAUACCUUUUCAGUAAGGACACAAAUCUGUAAUUUAUUGUUUUUUGUUUAUUUACUGUAUUACCAGAUAAAAAUAUUUUUGGCUUUCAAUUUGUAACUUUUUGCAAGAUUUAUUUAUUAUCAUUGAAGAACUCACUUUAUAUUACAUGUCUUUAACUACUAUGUACUUAAGAAUUUGAUACAAUGUACUUAUUAUGUACAGUACAUGUUGUUUCAUUGUACUUACAUUCAAAGUACCUGAAAUUAAUUACAUCUGUAAUUAAACUGUUUACCUUACCCCUCGCCCUUACUCUAAACCCUAACCCUACUUCAAAACCUACCAAUACCCCUAUGUCAGUAGCGGCAAAUGUGAAUCUUGUGAGAAUUGUGCUGAACAAUAUGUAGUUGCACAAUAAAUAUAUUGUAUUGCAUGUAUUUUAAUGUUAUUACAUAGUUAAAGACACCUAAUAUAGAUUGGUCUAUACUUCAAAUAGCAACCAUAUUAAUUUCUUUAAAGGUACAGUAUUUUAGCAUAUCAACUACUGUAUGCAAAUAUUCUGACAUCACUGUGGUAUAAAAAGUGCAUUCUGUGCUUGCACUGCUAUGCAACAGCAAUGUGAAAAUGUAUCCAGAAUAAACCAUCUCAACUUGUAUCUAACCUCAAAGCAAGAUCAGUCUCUAGACAGUAAGUCCUCUUAUAAAACACCAAAUAAUUUUGUUAAUUUGAAUGCAUACCAAGUAUUAUCCAUACAUAUAUACAGUACAUUUAUACUUUUCUGUAAAACUGUAUAGAGGACGAUGGAUCCAUAUAACACUGUUUAGUCAAAUCCGGCAGGUGUUCUUUUAUUCUUGUGUUUUAGCUGAUUUGAUUUUGAUUUUUAGUACUAGAAUUUAUUUCUAUAAAAUAAAUCUCUGUUAACUUUCACAUUGCAAAAAACCUGUAUUGCUUAUGUUAACAAGCAUUUGUGGUGUGGUCUGUAAACCCCAUGUGAUUUCUGACUGAUUGUAAAGAACAUUGCGUUUGUUUUACAGCACAUGCUGCUGUAAAUAAACUCAGGUGGAGUCUUUCA